UAUACACAAGACGCGACAUUACCAACUCACUCCCUAGUUUAGGUUCAAGUGAGACGGUCUUGUUGUUGUGUAAUAAAUACGGAACUUCUGAGGGUAAGUAAGAAUAGUAAACAAUUCGAUUUUAUUAUAAAAAUCUCUCUCUGAAGAUGGAGGAGAGUCAUAACCCUAAUUCCCAUGAGCGUCUCAAAUCCUGGUCGGAGCUCCCUUCAGAUCUCCUGUACUCGCUGCUUGAACGCCUGAGCUUUACCGACUUCCGACGAGCUAAAUCCGUGUGUAGGUCCUGGUACUCCGCUUCGAGACAAUGCGUGCCCAAAAACAAUCACAUCCCUUGGCUGCUCCUUUUCCCCGAAGAUAACAACAGUUGCUGCACCUUGUUUAAUCCCGCGGAGAAAGACAAACUCUACAGGACGCAUGAUCUGGAUUUGGUGCUCCCGAGGAUAUUUUGUUUAAAGACGUGUGGAAGCUGGCUCUUGAUGCGAAACCGUUCGAGUAAUCUCUACCUUGUGAAUCUCUUCACCAAGGAGAGGAUCAAUCUACCUCCUGUGGAGUCACAGGUCGGAACGACAAAGUUGGAGCGGACGGUAGUUGGGUUUCGCAUUACAUGUCCCGACGGAAGCAAGCCGGGUAAACCUAUGCACAUACGAUCCCCUGUGGUUUGGAUCGACGAGAAAACCAAAGAUUAUCUUGUUUCGUGGGGACUUGGAACCUGUUGUGUGGUCUAUUCCAAGAAAGGAGAUAACUCGUGGACUCAAAUCCCGGAAGCAUUAGAUUGUUGUGACAUGGUUUACAAGGAUCACAAGCUUUACUUCUUUAGUUAUUCCCGUGAUCUGAGGAUCUAUGAUUUUUCGGGAGAGGCUCCGCGAGAAAUCUUUUGGUGUAGAUGUGUUUAUGUCGAAAGAUUUGCCUACGAUGGUGGUGGUCCCAGACGUCCUCAUGUAACUAACAGAAAGAGACUUGUAGUCACAAAACUUGUAGUCACGGUGACUGGAGAUGUCCUCAAGGUUGAAACAUACUUAAUACCUAAGUCUAGAAUCUGGUCAUUCCGUCUCUUCAAAGUUUGUUCAUCAGGUGACUUUAAACGAGUUCAUUCCUUGGGGGACGAGUCAAUGCUUCUGGCUCUUGGCAUCACUGUGCUCGCCAACAACUAUGAGGGCAUCCGUAGAAACUCCAUCUAUUUCAAUGCUAGUCAUAAUAUCACAAGUGAUAUCUUUCUCUUCAAUCUCGAGACGCGGAAGAUGGAGCAACUACACAAAUUUGAUUGCUCCUCUGAUCAACUCUCUGGAAAUCGAUGGUUCUUACCAAGUUUCACACAGGCAGUUGUGGCAUGAUUGACCUAAACUAUGUUUCCUUCCCUCUUCAAUAUAUUGUUUUACUCAAAUCAAUAAUGACUACAUCCUAGUUAGGCAUGGGCAUUCACUUGUUGCUCGGGUAAUACUUGCUAUUUGACUCGGCUUCUAAGUAAUAAAUCCCCAAAUCUUACUAGUUGCAAAUAUAAAUCAAAUACCAAGUACCACAAUUUCUUUUUAAUAUUUGACUCAUUACUUAAUUUAUUACUUUUGGUUUAAAAUAUGUAUUACCCAUUAAAAAUAUUUAUUUUACUGCUGAUAUUGUAAUAAAAAUCAAAAAUAAUAUUAGUUUUUAAGUAUUUGAUGUAAUAUGUACCUAUUUCAAGUGAGUCAUAUAUAUGUACUAAAUCAAAUUACUUGAACGAAUUAAACAGAAUUAUAAGUAUAUGAAAAUAAAAAAAAAGUAUUUAUUUUAUGUUUAAUUGUACUUAUAAGUUUUGGUACAUUUAAUUUAAAAGUUAUAAACAUAAAUAAACAAGUAUCAAAUAUUACCAAGUAACUUGAAAGUAUUUAAAAUAUAGGCAAGUACUUGACUAACUAAGUACUUGAUCGAAUCAAGUACAAGUACAAGCAAAAAAUUCUAAUACUUUCACUAGGUAAAUCAAUUAGCGGGUAAAGCGAAUUAGGUAUAGUAUUGCUGUUUUUAUGCAAAAGUAGAUAAAUUAAAUUAAAAUCAGUAAUUUCUUAAUAGAUGUACAGAAACUUUAAACAUCAACUAGGUCUUGACCACAAAUUAUUGUUCACAUAUAUACAAAUAUUAAUGUUUAUACUCCAAUUUUUUGAUUAAAUUGUAAAUAUUUGUGUUAUCCUCUAAUUCUAUAAUAGAUAUUAUUUCACGUUAUUUAGCAAAAAAAAAAUCUAAAUCACUAAAUAUUAGGAUAAAUGUGUUGAGAGGUGUAUGUGUGAGAAUAUGGUAUUUCGUAGCUUUAGUUGAAGCCUUGAAGGUGUGUAUAUAGUUUCACUCUAGAUUUUAGGAAUAUAUAGUACUAUCUAGAUAAAUUUUAAUCUAUUAUAUUUUCUUUAAUGAUUUCAGUUAAUAUGAUAAAGAUUUUUGUGAGAUAUGCUUAGAAUAUCUAGAUAUCAAACAAUUUGUUAGAGAUUAAACUGAUCGGUUAUAAAUAUUUUCCUUGAGAACUGUAAAAACGAUUUGAUAUUAGUAUUCCAAAACAGCCAAACACACAUAUGUACAAUAUAAAAAUCUAAUUUUAGCUAAAAAGUGUUAAAUAGUUAAUAAGACGAUCAUAUAAUUAAAGGAGAAAUUUUCUAGGAUAUCAUUUUUAAAGUUUUUGUCAAUAAAAUAAUUUUUUAUAAAGAUUUUAUUAAAAAAUAUUUUUAUCUUAGGAUUAACUAAUUUAGAAUUAGGGUUUUGAGUUAAGAAAGAGUUUAAGGAUAGAAUUUCAAGUUUUAAAAAACAAAAAAUAAAUACUAUAAAUUUUAAAAUAAAAAAAAAGAUAUUUUAGUCAUUUCUUUUUUUGAUGGCUAUUUUUACGACAAAAACUUAAAAAUAGUUAACAAGAGAAUUGUUUUGCUCGACCCAUCCAUAGUUUUAAUAGUCUUGGUAAAUAAAAAUCAUAAAUGCUGUAAAAGUUGAUAAGUUUUGACUGGCGGUAGAAAUGAAAUACGAAUGACGUAUACUAUACUAUAUAUACUUACAAUCCAUGAACAAUGAACCUAGAAGAACAUGCCAAUACUCUUUCAUAAUCCUAGUAAGUGAGUUUGACAGAAACUGAAUGUUCAGCAACAAAGAAAUAUAACCAUCACUCUCAAUAUUCACAAGACUUAAAACUUUAAGUAAUUAUAUACGACUAUCAACUAUUUGCAAAUUUCUUCUUUAACAAUAACUAUAUAUUGCAAAAAAAAAAAAAAAAAAA